GAGCACUGUCUACCUCUUCCUUCUCCCCUACUACCUCCAUCCGCCCAACUCUGCCCUCCAUGCCCUUCCCCUCCUUCCCCCAUUCAACUUUCUCUCCCCUCUUCUCCACCUCCUUCCCUCAUCCAACCACCAGGCAUCACUUCCCAUUUCUAUUUCUGGGCCAGGGCUGCUGUCAGAGGGAGGCUCUAACCCAGCAGGCUGCUGAAAGGACCCACAGGCCAGUGAUCAGGGGCCUGGCUCAGCACGAAGGCAGGACAAUGGCGAGGGACAAUAUCUAUGAGAACAUGCUGAUGACGGAAGCUGCUCCCCGGCCCAAAGGAAAUCCUCCCGAGACAUCGGUCCUUUGGCGGCAGAGGGGGCGGGGCAUCGUCACUGCUGUCCUUCUCCUCCUGAGUCUGGCCCUGGCCACGUCCCUCCUUGCUGUGACGCUUCUAUAUCUCCGGGCACAGAGCAAGCUGCAAGCAGUUGAAGAAGCGGUGCAGAAGCUCCAAGUCUCUCUGCAGCCUGACGACGCCUCGGACGUGUCAGCAAAGGGAUCGGACAGUCUGCAGCUAUUGGAUGAAGCGCAGGCAGGAGUCCGGCUGCUGAAAGCCCAGCUGGGUAACGUCAGUGCAGCGUAUGGAGAAAUCCAGAUCCGGCUGGACAUCUGUGCAGCGCGAGCAGCUGUGAAAGAUUGCUGUAGUGACGUGCUGACAAAGCUCUCCAGGGGCUGGAGGUUUUACGGUGGGAACCUCUAUUACUUUUCAAAAGGAAAGAAGUCGUGGGAUGCAUCCGAACGGUUCUGUGUGUCUCAGGACUCGCACCUGACCUCUGUCUCCUCCCAGGCAGAACAGGAGUUUCUCUCCAGCAAGACCCAGGGAGAAGAUCACUGGAUUGGACUCACCGACCGGGAGACAGAAGGCAGCUGGCGCUGGGUGGAUGGCACAGAAUACAGAGCAGACGCAAGCAGGGGGUUCUGGGUGCACAAUCAGCCAGACAACUGGGAUCAGAAGAUAGGAAGCAGAGAAGACUGUGUUGACAUGUAUCCAAUCAACCGGAAUUUGUGGAAUGAUGCCAACUGCACUCUGCUUUUCAGGUGGAUUUGUAAGCAGGUCCAUGGACAGGCUGGGUUUGAGGACAAUUUGAAGCAGCAGCAAAAACAGUGUCCGUGA